AUGACUGGCCAGGGGCCAGCGGAGGACACGGCUCUCUCGGCUCACCGGCUGUCCGUGAAGACAUGUCUAGACGACGAGUCCGAGAGGCCUGACAGCACUUUGAGCAGAGUUCAGUCGACAUGCGAUGACACAUCUUCAGAACUUCAACGAGUUGCUGACAUUGAACCUCAAAGUGGCCGGAGGGGUCUGUCCCGGCUGGUGAGCCUCGUGAUCAUCCUAAGGGAGUGGGCUCACAAAAGCUUGCUGGAGGAAGAGCAGCGGCCCGAUUCCUUCCUAGAGCGCUUCCGUGGUCCAGAGCUGAGGACCGCUCCCAGUCGCACCAGCCAGGCCAAUGACAAUGACAAAGAUGGCAAAAGGAGCAUCAGGAAGAAGUUCAACACAUUUGUUGUUGCAUCUGCGGAUAACACAUACUACCGCUGGCUGUUUGUCAUCGCUUCUGCCGUGCUUUACAACUGGGCCUUGUUGGUGGCAAGGGCUUGCUUUGAUGAGCUGCAGACAGAAAGCUACAUCCUUUGGCUGGUACUGGACUACGUUUCAGAUGUAGUGUACAUCCUGGACUCCUGUGUUCGAUUACGGACAGGGUUCUUGGAGCAGGGUCUGCUGGUAAAAGACCUCUCCAAGCUUAGAGACAGCUACGUCCAUACACUCCAGUUCAAGCUGGACGUGGUGUCCAUCCUGCCAACAGAUCUUGCUUACAUUGCUACAGGCAUUCACAUGCCUCAGCUGCGCUUCAAUCGGCUACUGCGCUUCCCCCGCAUGUUUGAAUUUUUUGACCGCACUGAGACACGCACCAACUACCCCAACAUCUUCCGGAUCUGCAACCUGGUGCUCUACAUUCUCGUCAUCAUCCACUGGAAUGCCUGCAUCUAUUAUGCCAUCUCCAAGUCUCUGGGCUUUGGCUCUGACACCUGGGUGUACCCCAAUGUCUCAGACACAGAAUAUGACUCCCUCUCCCGAAGCUAUAUCUAUUGCCUGUAUUGGUCUACACUCACCCUCACGACCAUUGGGGAGAUGCCACCGCCUGUCAGGGACGAGGAGUACGUCUUUGUCGUCUUUGAUUUUUUGGUCGGUGUGCUCAUCUUUGCCACCAUUGUAGGGAAUGUGGGCUCCAUGAUCUCCAACAUGAAUGCCACUAGGGCCGAGUUCCAGGCUCGCAUCGAUGCCAUCAAGCACUACAUGCAGUUCCGCAAGGUCAGCAAGGAGUUGGAGGCACGUGUCAUUAAGUGGUUUGAUUACUUAUGGACCAACGAGAAAGCAGUGGAUGAACAGGAAGUGCUAAAGAACCUGCCUAACAAACUGCGUGCUGAGAUUGCCAUCAAUGUGCACCUGGAGACAUUAAAGAAGGUGCGCAUCUUCCAAGACUGUGAAGCAGGUCUGCUAGUAGAACUGGUCCUCAAGUUGAGACCGCAGGUUUUCAGCCCUGGCGAUUACAUCUGCCGCAAGGGCGACAUUGGCAAGGAGAUGUAUAUCAUUAAGGAGGGCCGUCUUGCAGUGGUUGCAGAUGAUGGGGUAACACAGUACGCUCUCCUGACUGCUGGCAGCUGUUUUGGGGAAAUCAGCAUCCUCAACAUCAAGGGCAGCAAGAUGGGCAACCGGCGGACUGCCAACAUCCGCAGCAUUGGUUACUCUGACCUUUUCUGCCUUUCCAAGGAUGACCUGAUGGAGGCAGUUACAGAAUACCCUGAUGCCAAGAAGGUUUUGGAGGACCGAGGCCGGGAGAUCCUAACGAAGGAGGGGCUGCUGGACGAAACCCUCGCAAGUAAGCCGAGCGAGGAAGAACUGGAGGAGAAAGUGGAGCGACUGGAGCACUCACUGGACACGCUGCAGACACGCUUUGCACGGCUCCUCAGCGAGUACACGGCCAUGCAACAGCGGCUGAAACAGCGCGUUUCUGCUCUAGAGCACCAGGUACAGAACGCUUCCCAAGGGUUUGUUUCAGACUGCGAUGGCAAUGAAUCAACAGUUCUGCACGCGCUGGCCAUGCACUAA